GUGACAUCCCGGUCCUCGGAAGCGCCGUCAACUCUCCUUGGCGCUAAAUCCAAUUGCUUGAUAUCUCGAUAUUUCGAUCGACUGUGGCCGUUACCUCUGCGACGUCUCAGACCCUAUAGGCACGUCUAGAGACACACGGCGCGGAGUUAGAGGCUGGCGCCAUCCGAAAUUAAUAAUUUACAAAACGAGGUGUACAAUUUGUGCUCUUUCACCUAUCUCUUGGACUUCUCGGUUGUCAACCCCGGAUUCUCCUGGCCAGGGAACGACUUUUUUUAAAACAAAACUUCACCCCCUGUCGACUUGUCACAAAGCCUCUUUUUUAUCCUCGUGCAUGGUGUAUGUUCCAAACGUGGUAGCCUGCUUAGUUCACACGCUCAUUCUCACUGCAUCGUUCCUUCUGUGCUAUUGUCUGCAUUGUCGUGCGUCCGCAUAUCUUACCAGGUUCAAUUUGAUCAUUUGCCGGGCUUCAAGAAUCUCUAAUCGUCCCCCACCUCUUGAUCGCCCCAUCACUUUUUCUCAGUCUCAUACCUUCGUCCACUGCCUUGUUCUGGAUUGUUUGUGGUUCUUUCGGCCGGUUUAUACAUCCUUAUUCAUCAACACUAGUUCUGUGUUUCUGUUCCGCCAAACACUUAGAGGCGUGCGAAAGCCGUUCUUCUGGGCCAGGCCGACACGCAAUCCAUACUAUAUAUUGUGUCGCAAAACAAGAGUAUCAGCGUCUGUCGCCGAACAUCGAUUUUCAAGGGACUACUGCUGUUUCUCCUCCCUCUUUCGCUACGCUAGAGGAGAACUGGCUGAGCAGAAGGGUAGGAAGCCAAAUUCGGAAGGACAAGCUUGACUCACAAGUGUGCUAUUCGGAAAUGGUCGACUUGUCAUGGAAUACUGGAAUGACAGCAGACUCGAGACCCUCGGCAAUGAAACCACCAGCGCCGACCAUG